AUGGCGUUGAUGAAGAUGAAGCUCUCCUUUGCCAGGAGGGUGAAGCUGGCCCAGAGCCUCUGGCUACUGUCCUGGAUCGCCACCCUGGCUGGCUCGGUCACCUUCUUCCUUGGCUGUUUCCUCAAAAUCGAGUUACGCAAACGGUCUGAGGUAAUGGCCAACACUGAUGUGUUCAUCGUACCUCACACCCUCAUGGUCGUGGGCCUGGGCAGCUUGGGCAUCAACUACUUUGCCGCCCGCAUCUGUCAAGACGCGCUGGACCCGGCUCGUUUCCCCACGUGGAAGACCUUCCUGAAGCCCUACUUUGCGUUCUCGAUGUUCAUUGCCACGCUGAUGUUCGUGGCCAUGCUGCUGAGCUUCAUCAUGAAGUUCUCCCUGCAGCCCUCUCUGGCGACCGGCCUGAGGAACGGCAUCCGCUACUACAAGGACACCGACACGCCGGGGCGCUGCUUCCAGAAGACCUCCAUCGAUCGGCUCCAGAUGGACUUCGAGUGCUGCGGGAACGACGACUUCCGGGAUUGGUUCGAGGUCCAGUGGGUCAGCAAUCGCUACCUGGACUUCACCCUGAAGGAAGUCAGAGAUCGGGUCAAGAGCAACAUCGAUGGCCGCUACCUGUUGGACAGUGUGCCGUUCAGCUGCUGCAACCCCAUGUCCCCGCGGCCCUGCAUCCACUCGCAGCUGACCAACAACUCGGCCCACUACAACUACGAGUACCAGGAGGAGGACCUCAACAUCUACCUCCGCGGCUGCAGGGAGGCGCUGUACAGCUACUACACCUGUCUGAUGAACGGCAUCGGGGCGGUGGUGCUCUCUGUGCUACUGGUUCAGGGCUCGGUGCUGGCGAGCCUGCGGUUCCUCCAGACGUCGUUGGAGGCCAUCGAGGGCCAGGAGAGCCAGGAGGAGCUGGAGUCGGAGGGCUACCUGCUGGAGAAGAGCGUGCAGGAGACUGUAAAGGAGUGGAUGGAACCCGUGCUCAAAUUCGUGCAGAGGAACCAGGUGGAGGAGGGCGCCGAGGGAGAGGGUGGAGAGGCGGCACCUGCUUGA